UUCAUUGUUCAAACGCUAUGGAUGCUAUAUAGACUACCGUACAAGGCCAUGUUUUCAUUGCAGGAAGUUCAAGUAAUGCAAUGAAAUUAGAUAAAGAAAUGAAAUAAAUUAUCGCAUUUUUAUAUGUCUAAGUUUCCAUUCCAUUAUUCAAUUUAACGCAAAAAACGAAUGACCUCCCUUGAUAUUUUAGGUCACCAACGCAAUGACUUCGAGACAUCACACCACCAGCUCUUAAAUGACAAAACAAGACAGUGUCGAAGAUGCCAUCUUUAACUAGUCAAUAAUAAGAUUUGAGAUAAUAGGCUAUGUCUAUUUUUUAUUUCUGACAACAACAUUGUGGAUUAGCGGUCUGUCUUACAUUCGUAUUGGACAAUAAAAGCUCAAAUGUAAUAUUUUGAAUAUGAAAGUAUGUGAUCUUACCAUGGCAUGCAUUCGACGAACCAUCGUCGUUAAAUGUGUUUGUGGGGUCAAUAACUGCAGCAAAUCGGAAUCAGCCUUAUACAGAGACUCUGAAAUGCACAUUUUGUAGGCUAUUGUUAGCCGCAGAAUAUACACAGACUUCUGCUCUAUGGGCAUAAAUUACAACAAAAGGCUUAUGCUGGGAUCAGAAAUCAGCUAAUACCAUAUUAGUUUUACAAAGAAUAACGUUUAUUCGUCUUGCUUCAAGCCUGCAUCUCUAGCCGGAUUAUUCCUUGAACCAAUACCUCCUCUCCUCUGCAGCAUAUAGUCCCCCAUUCCCUGUCGUUGCUGUCCGUCCUCAGCGUUCCAGUUUGAUGGGACUUGUCCCACAUGGACAGUGUUGCUUUUAUGUUAAGAUAGGAACUCGACUGCAGUUUUAUUAACGACAAGUUUAUGAACAAUCAAAUGGUCCUCGUAAAAAUUUAUUGAAGGACAUAAAAACAUGCACCGCCGGCCACUUGCCGAAUAUACCGCUGUAGUGUGCAAAGUUUCAAGCAUCGUAGUAGUUUCAAGCAUCCUCCUCAUAUCUAAAGCAUACGUACUCAAUUUUGGGAAAACAUAUCAUAACAUAACAAACGUUUUUCUUGUUCAUAUAUUACAUUACCUAAAUUACAAUAUCAUAGACUAUCCAAUAUUACCAUGCGGUUCAUGGUAAUAUAAAAAAGUAGAGUAAAUAUAUUUUCCCGAUAAAAAAAAGGAAUAGCGUUAUACAAUGAAAAACGCAAAAGAAUAAAACGCCUUAUGUGUUAGAGAGUGAGUUUAAUGAUCUAUUUUACUACUUAACUAUGUCUAUACGCGCAUGAAACUGGACUACAGAUAUUGCGCACACGAGACAGAGAUUGAUUACAUCAACAAAUAGUGCCUGCGAUUUCAAACCUAGCCAACCUUAGUCUGUUUUACGAUAUAUUUGACUAUUUGACUUAUAUUUUAUCAACGUCAGGAUAGAAUACUGUUGAAUUUACCUCUAAUUCAUCCAGGGGAAAACAUCUGAAUAUGAUUCUAUAAGACAUAUAUUGUGUAAUGCUGUGAUAACCCGCGCAUUGAUCCCCUGUGCAAUUUUUGUGGGGCAAAAUAUAAUCACGUGUUGCUAAGGCAGCCAAUUGCAGCUGGGGAAGCUUUGAGAAAUAAUUACCUGCGUUGAUUGUUCUAUGGGUAGAUCAAAAAAAAGUACACACACUCCAUAUAAUAAUCGGAUGCAUGUAAAAGAGAACGGAACCAUCGACAUGUCGACCACGGGUCCCAUAAGUAAUUAUUAUGUGGAUUCCUUGAUACACCAUGAAAGCGAGGAUGUUCUUGCGGCUCGAUUCUCGGCUCCUGGUUCGCACUCCACCGGCCCUCGUCCAACGUCCCUUAUACCGGAGUGUGGUGACUAUCCGUCCUGCAGCUUUUCCCCGAAACCACCCGUGUUUACUACCUCUUGGGCCCCUGUUCACUCCCAGUCCUCAGUGGUUUACCACCCAUACAGCCACCAACCUCAUUUAGGAACGGACUCAAGGUAUGUGCGGUCAUGGCUAGAGCCGAUCUCGGGGACCAUGUCCUUCCCUGGCUACCCAGCCAACGGCAGACACUAUGGGCUGAAGCCCGAAGCCUUCCAGGAGCAUCGAGCCGGUGACUGCCUCGCCUCCAACGGACGCAACUACACGGAUUAUCUCUACUGCACCUCCGCUGACAUUCGAGAAAAGAACCAAACGAACAUCCCUUCUCCCGAGACCGAGCUUUUGGCUUCCGGAAAGCAUAAAGACGAGAAGCCAGAAUUAGACCCAAAUAACCCAGUGGCAAAUUGGAUUCACGCGCGUUCUACAAGGAAGAAGAGGUGCCCUUAUUCAAAAUACCAGACUCUCGAACUUGAAAAGGAGUUUUUGUUCAAUAUGUACCUUACCAGAGACCGUCGAUACGAGGUGGCCAGAGUCCUCAAUCUCACUGAGAGGCAGGUCAAAAUAUGGUUCCAGAACCGGCGGAUGAAGAUGAAGAAAAUGAACAAGGAAAAAACCGACGCCAACAAAGAACAAUAAUAAAGGAAUUGUUACAAAAACGUCAUCAGACAAAAACAAGCACCAGACAACAGUAAAAUAACCACUAUUGCCAUGGACAACAACAAAGAUAAACCAAAAUACAUCAUGCUCACUUCUUAAUGUUGCAUUUUGGGUUGGAUUUAGUUUUUGCAUUAACCCCACCUUCCAUGUUUGUUGCGAAUUUUGUUUUGUUUUAUACGCUCUCCUUUCUUUGUCCAGUUUUAAACGAGCCCCUUUCCAAGAAAAUAAAACAUUCUGCACUUACUUUGAAGAUACAUGUAUGUGUUUGUUUGUUAUAAGGGACAUUUGAAUUCAUGAUAUUUUGGACAAAUUAAAAAUUGCCCCGAAGUAGGCCUAUAAGAAAGAGAAUACUUGAAUUGUUUUAAUUUCUUCACUCCAUAAUUUAUGAUGUCCCUGUGAAUGUUUCUUCCAUGUUUGUUCAUUUUCUAUGCUAUGGGUGUAGUAGCACAUUUUAUACAGAAAGAGAACAUCUGCCGUCAUAACAAAAUAUCUGUCUUGCGUCUAUGUGGUAACGUAACCGUUUGGUGUACCUAUUUGUGCAUUUCAUAUUCAGUCGAUUGUAUAGGCACGUUUCAUUAAUUAUAUACCUGUAGAUAUAGGCCUACUCAAAUAUAAACAUUACCACGAG